GUCAGUCACUCACAGCUCGCUGUUUACGAGAAAGGCUUUAUUUUAAAUUGACGAUUGAUAAGGUACCAGAAUGGCCAUCGACCUAUAUUACACACCAGGGUCGGCGCCGUGCAGGCUGGUGCUGCUGGUAGCUGCUGCUCUCAAUGUCGAACUCAACCACAAGCUGCUCAACUUAAGAGCCGGCGACCAACUCGCACCCGACUACCUGAAGAUCAACCCGCAGCACACAGUGCCUACUAUAGUAGACGACGGUUUUGCCCUGUGGGAGUCGCGCGCCAUCAGCCGCUACCUGGUCACCAAGUACGGGGAGGGAGGCGACCUUUACCCGGAUGAUCUGCACGCAAGGGCUGUGGUUGAUCAGCGGUUGGACUUCGACCUGGGCACGCUGUACCCGCGCUUCGCUCAGUACUUCUACCCGCAAAUUUUCGCCGGGGCACAACCCGACGAGGGUCUGUACAAGAAGCUCGGUGAGGCGCUCGGCUUCCUGGACUCAUUCCUGGACAGCAGCCCGGGGGAGUACGCCGCCGGCCCGAAGCUGACCCUGGCUGACCUGUCCCUGGUGGCCACCGUCUCCACGAUUGACGCUGCCGGUAUCAACUUGAAGCCAUACCUGAAUGUAGCGAAGUGGUUCGAACUGGUGAAGAAUACUGCACCAGGCUACCAGAAAGCGAACGGCGAAGGCAUCGAUAUGUUUAAAGAAUUAAUUGCAAAACUUAAAGGCAAGACUGAAUUGUAAAUUAUGUAUAGUUCCUAACAAAUGUUUAUUAAAUAAUAUUUUA